GAAUAUGCAAACGUAACUCGUAGGCACCUGUAAUUCUAACAUCUAGGCAGCUACUUGACGAUUUCUAUUUAAGAAGCAGAAAUAAUACUCUCAUUGAUUACUAGUUUUCACCUCGAAAAACAAACAAACCAGAAAGCUAUCUACAUAAUACAUAGAGUCUUACACCUAACAGACCGACCCAAACAAACGACAAUGCCGGCCCCAUCACCCCUCACCAUCGCGACUCAGUCCGUACAGCGGCUCGUCAAGGAAGAAAAGUACUACCGGAAGGAGCUCACGCAGCAGUCGGAGCGCGUCAAGAAGCUCGAGGCAGACCUGAAAGCGGGGGGUGAAGACGCAGAUAGCAAUGCCGGGUUUGUCCUAAAGCAGGAGCAAAAAGCCGUAGACGAGACCCGAGCUGUCUUCGCCCCGCUAAACAAGCGCAUCGAAGAGGCCGUCCAACGACUCGAGGAGCAGAUCGCAGCAGCCGAGAGCGAGAACGCGCCUGCCGACGAACUAAACAAGGCUAAGGAAGCGCUGGAACUGGGCAAGUCGGUUGAGGAACCACCUGUUGUUGCGUGAAGAAGAAGAAGAAGAGCUGUCUGAGGGAGGCAGGCAAACUUAUGGACUAUGACACGAGCGUGUAGGAUUACGAAGAAGAAGGACGAAUUAAUAUAAUACAGUGAUACCACGAUUCCUACCAAGAUAGAGCCAUACAUAGAAGCUCGUCUUAUAUUAUUGUCCUUGAGAGGUGCAUCUACCCGAGUAGUAGGUACAAAAUCGAUAAUCCAUCAUCCAUC